UUUCCUCUCAGGAAAAACCAUAUGGAGCUGUGUGCUCAACAAAUCCAGGUGCUGAUGCCAGGAACAGGUGCACGAGGAAGCAGAGGGUUACAGAGAAAAGCUUCCGGACACAUUAAGGGUACACACGUGCGUCAGGAUGAACUAAUUAGGUCUCCCGUGGAUCUGAACAUGACCAAGUUGUGUCUGCCGUUUGCUUCAAAGUUCAUCGCCACUUCACUUUGUUUGUGUUUGAGAGAGAGAGAUUUGGUCAAUGAAAGUUUGAUUUGCAUGAUGUAGUUUAAUGAGCGUUUUUUAAAAAAAGCCAAAGUUCACUCAAGUGUCCCCCUCCCCCCCUCCACCCGUGAGGAAACUGAAGUUGCGCACACCGCACAGAGCGGAUGCAGGAGCGCACAGACAGUUUGUGGUGAGCUGUCUAUCUCUCUGUCAGUGAGCCUGCGCGGCUCGAUGUGUGACAGCGGCAGGAGGAGGAAGACAGACAGACAGUCACCGUGGCUGAAGGUAGGCCUGGAUGGCACCCAGAUCCCGCUGAGCGCGAGCGGCAAAGCACCUAAGUGGCGAGUUGGGGGGUGGGUGGGGGGGCUGUACGUGAAACUUAAAGAAGUCGGGAUGGACGGCAAAGGCACCCUGAAGAUGUUCACGAGGAAGAAACGGGAACUGAUAAAGACGCCAUCCAUCUCAAAGAAGAGUCGAGCAGGAAGCCCCGGUCCUCAGAGCUGUACGCCACCCGCAGUGAGUGGUGCAUCACUUCUGGUUUCUGCCUGUGCUUUACAUUGUGUGUGCGUCUGUGUGUGUGUGUUUGUGUCAGAUGAGCUGCAGCUGGAGGGGACAGGCUGCACAAAGGGCUUCGGUCAAGGGUUCGAUUGGAUGUGGAUGUGGGUGUUAGUGGGGAGACGGAGCCUAACUUUUGUCCAGUGUGAGGUUGACUGACUCUGUCUGCAGACUGACUUGGUCAUGGUGAAGUUUGAAGACUGCUUUGAUCUGAAGCUCUGACUUCUUUAGUGUGUCUAUACUACUAAAGCGGUGACAGGUUCAAAAGUGUCUGUGCGCGUGCGUGUGUGUGUGCGCGCGCGCUUGCUUGCUUACUCUUUCAUAAUCAGUCCCAGGCAGCAGUCGCCUUGGUUAGAAUGGGGGACUAAGCUGUAGGUCAAAGGAGCAUGCUGAAACGUGGGGCCAAGAGUAGCUACAACCCUUACUCUACGGGUCAGAGAGCUAAGAAAGGGGAGGCAAAAGGCAAGGACAGACUGGACAUACUACCCAACAAGCACAGUGUAUGGCUCAAGCAGGUAUGUUGGAUUUUAUGUAGAUACUACUGAUUCUAUCGAAAACAAAAGGCAGAUAUUGUUCAUGUUCCUGGAAGUGUUUGAAUCAGUGGUAGGUGCUCCGAGGCCUUACAAAAAGGCUCUCGAACAUCUAGAAACUUGAACACCCUACCUGUAGAGUAGUGCUACCUUCAAUUGUGAGAUACUAAACAAAAAGCAGUUUUAUUUUUGGGAUAUUUUUGUCCACUUUUUAUCCAGAUGAGAAGCUUCUUCAAACUCUAAAAUCAUCAGCUCUUGUUCCAAACUGUAAUUGACAUUUCUGUCUUUCUACACCCUGCUCUGUUUGCCACACCCGACAUCAGGAUGAAGUCAGGAAGUGUUGCCUCACACCACAGAGGAUCUUGUGAAAGUCUGCACAUGUGUGUUUACCAACAACUGCACUGCUGGGUUGAAGGCCACACUAACAGACAGUCACGUUGGCAGACACAGGGCACUUAGAUUGAGGUGGAAGGAAUCGUCACGUGAUUCUCUGACAACUUUCAUCUCUCUCUUUUCUUUCAGCUCUCCAUCCUCCAAGAGCAGCCCCGGAAAGAUGCAGGCGACAGCACCCUCUCUUCUUCUCCCUCAUUUUCUUCCUGUUCAGCUCUUAACCCGUCUUCAACUGGGGUCCAGGACCCUUCCCUCUCUUGCCCAGGUACCCCCAGCGCCCAGCAUGCUAAACUGGCAAUGUUGCAAGGGGUGGGCUGCCCAUCUCCAGUGUCCACCCUGAAGAGACCUACAGCGCUGAGUAGACACGCCAGUGCUGCAGGUCUGUAAUUUAUUCAACUUUUUCUGUUUAUUCAACUUGAAUUUAACCAGGAUACCACUGAUGUUUAAACUCCCUUUGACAAAGUGUCGGCCCUGCAGAUAACGCACAUAAAAAUAAUGACAUAAAACAAUACAACAUGGUUAAUCUACAAAAGUCAACAGGUCUUAAAAAUAUUAAAAUACACUGCUAUUAUUUUAGAAAAACAACCAGAUACCUCCAUUGUUACAUUCUUAGUGUUUCUCUGGAGUUUGUUGUCCAAUUGCAUUUUUUUUAUAACUUAAAAUAUUUAUAUUUAUUUAUCAACUUAGGGAGUUGAUGAAAGAUAAGAAAAAUAGUCUUAAUAUAUGUCAUCUGUGUACAAUGUCCACUCCAAGUUAACCUAGCAUGGAAAUAUAACUGAAAGAAAGGGACAAAUACUAAAAUUGCAUCGUUUUAAAGCUCCUCAAUCCCUGUUUCAUAAAGUAGAAGGGUCAGAAGUCCCUGUUGUGAAUUGAUAGCUGCUGAUGAAACAAAUGGAAAAAUCAACAAUGAUUUCACUUUAUGGCAAAAGUCAAGUUUUAACCCUUUACUUCCUACACAGUCAUUUUAAAUGUCAGUAACCACUAAAAGAGGAUCUGUGUCAGAAAAGCUGUUUAUAGCAUCCUUAGGAAACAGCCAAUGUUGACAUUUUUCAGAGCAAAAAUUCACCAUGAGCUAAAAAUUUCACUGCCAAUAGAAAGCAGGGUGCUGUUUUAUAUAUGUUAGAAUAAACAACAGGACUACAUCCCUGGCAGAUGCACUGUUUCAUCCAGAGGGGUCACAGAAAUCAGUAAAAACUGAAAAAUCCUCACAGGAGCGUUAAUUCAUUCUAGGUUUGGCGUUAGAAGAUUUUUUAAAGGUCAUGUCACAUGCUUUUUUUUUUCUGAUAAACUAUUCCCCCAAAAAUCUGAAAGUGAGGAAUGUAAAAAGAGCGUUUUAACUUAAUCAAUGAAUCAUGUCUUGUCAGGGUUCCCACUGCAGUCAUGGGUUUUUACUAGAGGCCAGGGGAAAGGGGCCUUGACACCCACUACCCCCUCUGACAGUCCAGAGAGCACAGCCAUUGAAGUCGAGGACAUCCCGGCCCUGCUGAGGGACGUGGCGCGUUUCGCUGAGGCUGUGGAGAAGCUGAAAGAUGUUGUGUUGGCUGAAGGUAAGGACAAUACCUGACCGCAUUUUGAAACCGUUGAUCCUGACUAAUUUAUGCACCCCUAAAAAAAAUUGGGAGCAAAACAUGGGGUUCACACUGUAAAGACUGACUCCAGUCGAAUCCAAGUGUUUUUGCUUUUACAACGAGCACAUCAGACAGUCCUCUACUCAAACUUCCUUGAUAUGGAGUGAAUGAUCCCAAAAAGCCUCUGCUUACAAACACCAGGAACAAAUAUUGCCUCAGAUUGAUCAUGGCUCUUGUCCGUCACGUACAUUUAUUUUUCUGCCACCUUACAAGUUUCUGUCAUGGCUCAUGCUCAAAGAGUUUUUAUUUACCAUUUGUGUGUCUGUCAUUGUUUCUUUUCGAUGUAAGAAGUAGUUUGCACACAGAACAACGCUAUUUACUUUUCACUCCUCCUGUUUGCGUUUCACUCAAGAGCUUACUGAAAGAGGACAUGAGCCAUCUACCAAAGCUUUUUUGUCAAUCUGGGAUCAGUCCUGUCUUCCUACAUGUGUUUGUUGUGAGUAAGGGAGGAGAUUAGGCUGGACCAUCUUGUAAAGCAAGCUUCUAAGUGGCUGCGAAGGUCCCUCCUUCAGAUGCAGAGCUGUGUUUCCGCUCCGCCCACAGAGCGAUGACUCUCAUCUCCAGCCGGAAGCUUGUGUCUUGUUGCAUCUUUAUACCUUCUUCUACUGCGCAAUGCAGAAAGGUCUGCGAUGGUAGAACACCUGAGAAAACUGCUCUGGUGUUUACUCCACCAGAUAUGAAAGGGAUACAUUUCCCCCAAAAAAGCGCUCUUGUGAAGAUUUAUCGAAAAGUUUUCAGACUGUAAGUUUUGUUUCUGAAGCAGGAUUCUGGGGCUCAGAUAAGACAAAAGGACCUUUUUGUUUGUGUGUAUUUCUGUGGUCUGGUUUUGUUCUGUCAUGUCCUCCACCCAGGCCGAGCUUUCUAAACAGGAAGCCAUGAUGGAUAGCCUUUGACAGAAGAGCCUUGUUCACACUUCCUCCUCUGAUAGGCCGACUGCAUCACUGUGACAUGAUGGCGCCUCUUCUAAAUCAGCAAAAUAAUCUGAGCAUUAGCCUCAUCUCCUCCCAAGAUCCCAUGGCUCCUCUUUUGUUAGCAGUCACUUCAUUUCUUUUUAAAACAUUUUCAUGACAUUUGAGGCGGGGUCAUUUUGUUUUCCUGAGCCACAGAAAGCAGAUGUAGCACAGCACCAGAAUUGGUUUCUAAUCUUGCAAAACAAUAGCACACACCACAUCCUUUCUGGCACAAUGUUCAGGUCACUCUGUUCUUAUUGGCUGCUGCUGCUCAGACACUCUGACACACAUCUUCAGACAGACUGUUGGAGGAGGAGGAUGAUCGGCUGCCCUCUGUCCUCCUCUCAGAGGGGUGUCUGGUUAUUUCAAUGAAAUACGGGGGAGUUGGAGGUUUUAAAAAGAAACACAAUACACAUCAAAACUAGAAAGUGUGUGUUAUGUAUGUAUGUGAGAGUGUGUGUUUGGAGGAAAUGAGGAUGUAAACUGCCGGUGUGUCACCAGUGACCUCAAAGCAGAGCAGCAGCCUGACACAAUGUACUCUGACCAGACCUGUCAGACACCCUGACAUGUCGGUCCAUUAUCGCUGUCUGCACUCAGACUGUCCCUCUCUCUCUCUCUCUCUCUCUUUUGUCUACAUCCGCUCUUCUUGACUGGUAGAUACUUUAAAGGGAUACUUCAACAUUUUCAGCUGUCUCUAAGGCAAGGGUCAUGUAAAGAAAUGGUGUACUUUACCUUGUCUGAAGUUGAAACCUUUCUUUUCUGAGUCUCAAAGAAAAGCUUUGAGAGUGGGAAAGUCAUGUGCUUUGGUCUCCUUUAGAUGCCAUUUAACAGGGCAAAUAGUAACUUCUAACUUUUUUUUAGUAACUUUUAAAAAAAAGGGGGAAAAACAAAUAAACUACACCUAGAAAAUAUUAGAUUUCUGCUAACAUAUCACCCACUACUUGUACUGUAUUUAUUAUUGGUCUUGAACCCUUGAAUUUUUUAUCUUUGCCAUGAAAAAAAUGUCAAUUGUGAUGGGUUCCCUCUCCAAAAUAAGACAAAAAUACUAUUCUCUUUUUAACAUGUAACUUCUUUCAAUAACACUCAAACCAAACAGUUUGAAGCUUUUUUUGUUUUGUUGUGUAGAUGAUGGGAUAAUGCUUGCAAAAAUAAUUACGGGUGUAUUUAAUCCUGUUUAGUUAUACCUGUAACUUUGUCUCACCUUUCUUUUUGUCGGGUUAAUUUCACUUUUUUUAUCCUCUUUAGGGAAAGAGAAUCAGCGGCCCAUGGCCCACGAGUGUUUGGGCGAGGUUCUGCGGGUGCUCCGGCAGGUCAUCAACACUUACCCUCUGCUCAACACUGUGGAGAUCCUCACUGCUGCUGGCAAGCUUAUAUCCAAGGUCAAAGGUCAGUCAGGAGGGCAGUAUGAGGAUAAUGUAACGUGUCUCAUUUCUAAAACUACCUUUGAAUGUCUGAUAACUUAGUUCUCACAGUUUAUAUUGAUGAUAAACUUCAACAUCCUUUGAUAGUGAGAUUUACUAUAUUUGUGGUUUAGUGUGACUGCUGUGCAGGUGUGCAGGUUUUUUUUGGGCAGUAGUGUCUUAAAAACCACAACUGAAACUUGAACUCUUGUUUGGUUGUGAUUUUUUCAGGUUUCCAUUAUGAGGCUUGUAAUGAGGUGGACAAAAUGGACUUUGAGAAGGCGAUUGAAACCAUCGCAGUUGCUUUUAGCAGCAAGUGAGUAUCUGACGCAAUAACGGUCUGUCUGAUUUUCACACAAACCUUUGAAUCCUUAAGUCACCUUCUUCUAAGUCUUACGGGUGUUUGGUUUCGUUUUUACUACAGAGACUUCAUCAGAAUAAUCGUAAUGCAGCUGACAUUUCAUUUUAUAUGUAACUUGGUCCAACCCCCCAGUUAUCUCCUUGACAGUGUGUGUGUCAGCGUGAACAAAGAGGUCUGUUGUUGGGAACAGGAGAGAGAAGUGCAGCGAUGGUGACACAUUUGCAUGAGGCAGAGCUGAAAACAGGAAGUGGUUUUUCUGUGACACAAAACCAAAACUUGACAAAGCUGUUGACUACCUGGCUGCUAAAUGAACAGAUUAGCAGAAAGCCGAGAGAUCAUGAAAACGUUCUCUCGAUACGUGAUUAUGAGACGGUGUGACAUCAACCAAACUUCAAAAUGUCGGCAUCCAAUCUGUUUUUCCAAAAAUGGAUGCUUUUGACAUGAUUGUCUAUCUUAAUGAAAACAUAAGGCACGACGUUCACAGAUAACAUCUACUGUGGGGAAAUAUGUGAGUUGUAUGUGCAGUUGUAUCAUAUUGCACCAACAGCGUAUCACAUGCAAGUCUGAGCCGGAGUUUAGACAUCUGUCAGAGAGCCUGAGGAGGAAGUGAGCUGGCAGAGUUCAAUCUGACAUGUCUGUUUCCUCAUUCUGUCCUCAAUCUUCCUCUCUUCUACUUUUUUUCUGUCAUGAACGGAAAAACACCAAGAUGGAUGCCGCUAAGCCUGUAGUUUAGCAAAUGAGUCAACUACGUGACCAAAAGUUUGAGAUGUUUUGAAACACUUUUGAUUUCAACGUAUCCCUCUUCUACCCAAGAGAGUAAAAGACCCAAAGAAGUGCUUGUAGUUUGUGAUGUUGACGAAAAUCAAUAUUAACACUUUAUAUUUGUAAUUGUGUGUCUUUAAAAGUGACCACAGCUGUCUGUUUAUCAUACAUGUGUCCACUCAGUCUUUCUUCAUACAUGAACAAUGACAACAUUCUUCACGGUCUAUUAAAAGCUGAUGUAAAAGUGUGUUUUUAUUAUGUUUCAGUGUGUCUGAACUUCUGAUGGGGGAGGUUGACAGCAGCACUUUGCUCUCCCUACUGCCCACUGAGAAAAGCAGGGUGAGUGGACAUUUUUAGUCUUUCCUCAAUCAACUUCAUAGAGCUGGUCUUAGGAUUUAGGAUUUAGGAUUUAUUUUGGUAUAUUAUGACCGAAAGGGUGUAGGCAGAGGAAUGCUUAUGAAGACCUACCUCUUAUACCAUAUAUCAAGUACAUUAUACAGAUACACUCUCCGUACAAAUAUCAACACAUAAAUAUAUAUAUUCACUCUUCAAAUCAGAUAGAGUAAUGAACGUGCUUUACACUUUACAUUAAUAAUUUACAGUAAAUCAAAAGACAUUCUAGUAAAGUCUCUUAAAGCUUACCAGAGUACUGCAUUUUCUAAUUUCUACUGGACAGUCGUUCCAUAUUUUCACCCCUUUUACAGACACACAAAAAAAUUUGACAUCUAUUCGCACUUUUGGCCUCUCAAAUAAAACACAGCCUCUCAUUAGAGUCCCUUAGUCUAAACAGGUUCUGGACAUGUUGCGGUAAGGCUAGAUUUUUGGCUUUGCGCAUGAUUUGUAUUGUGAUAUAAUCUACUCGGUCUUUGAAUUUUAAAAAAUCGUAAGAAAUAAAUGGGGGAUGAGUUGAUUCACGGUAAUGUUUAUUGCAGAUGACUCUUAUGGCUGGCUUUUGUGAAAGAAAUAUUGGGUAGUCAUCUAAAAUCAAGUGUCACGAUUCCCUCAGAUCCAUGCCUCCUCUCAUGGCUAGCCUCCAUCUUUACGUGUCAGUAAUCAAGCUUUUUUUUUGUGCUGUGUAGUCGAUAGAGAACUUGUACACUCCCACAGGCCAAGGUGCUGAUGGGGGAGCGUUCAGGAGUGACCUACAGGAUAUGGGUAAGCCACUUGCCUUUUCAUUCUGUUUUUAUUCUGUUCACAUUUGUUUUUCUAUUAUGAAAUUGUUGAUUUUCUAUGAUACUUAUGGAUGCUGUCACACAUUAAUGUUAUAAAAACAACAGUCUGGUGCUAAGAAGCUGAAUAAUUUAGACGUCUUUUACAUGGACUGUGAAGUGAGCUGAACGCAGCAAUGACAGUCAAUGUGCUUACAAGGUCUAAGAAACAGGAUGUUGGAGUUAACUUCCUGUAUAUCUUCACACCUCAGUGAAUGGGCUGUAAGCAGCAAAAUGAUUAGUUGCCAUAGGGAUGAAUCGUACUUGUUUAUAUGUUGACGUGUAGGCAGGGUCGAGGAGGUGGAUGUGAUGCUCCAGCGCAGCGAAGGAGGGGUGGAGUCUGCUCUGCUCUAUGCCAAAACCAUUUCCAAAUACAUGAAGGACCUGGUCUGCUAUGUGGAGAAGAGAACGUCACUGGGUACGCCGAAAUAUCGAAAUUUAGUCAGUUAUUGUUGUCCAUCUACAGAAACGGAUGUGAUCAAAGUUUUUGUCAGACUUCUCAACUUCAGCACAUUGUGACUUUAUGAGCUAACUGAUAAAUCAUGGUGAUAAUUUUUUAACUUUGACAGAGGCUGAAUUCUCCAAAGGCCUCCAGAGAUUAUACCAGUCCUGCAAACACAGCAUCACACAUGUAAGUCUCAUUGUAUUUCCCCUCUGAAUCUGUUUCUCCCUCUGUACAUGGUAUCAGAUAAUAAGAAAAUGAAAAUACAGAUAAGUAACGUAUAUCUAACUUUUUCUUUUGUGUCAUGCUUUCAGCCCCACAUGCCCCUCUUCUCCAUUUACUCUCUGGCUCUUGAGCAGGACCAGGAGCAGAGUGCUGGGCUGCAGCAGGCCAACAACACCCUACACACCCAGACCUUCAUCCAGGUAAACUUGCUUCAGCAUGGCUACUUCCUCAGACCUGCAAAGGUCUCAAAUGCUGUUUUAAAUACCUCUGUACACAUUGUUUUCAUCACUGUAUAUGUUUCCGUUCAGCCUCUGAUGCAGCGCAAACAGGAGCAUGAAAAGAGACGGAAGGAGAUCAAGGAAUUGUGGAUUCGAGCGAGGAGAAAACUGGUACGAUUUUGUGUUUUUUUUGUACGUUCUAGCACAUGUAGUUGUAAAAAUGGUACUGAAAAAGGAUUUCUCUUCGCUCAGAUGGAAUGUGAGGUGAACCUUCGAAAAGCAAAGCAAGCUUACAUGGUCCGCUGUGAGGAGUACGACAAGGCCAAAACAGCCGCCUGCAAAGCUGAGGAAGAAGGAGGGGGGUCCACCGCAAAGUCCCUGGAGAAAAAGAAACGAAUCGAGGAGGAAGCUCGCAAUAAGGUCCUCUAUAAAACUGUAUCAUCUGCAUCCUUUACCGAGUCUAUCUCACUGUGGAACAAAAAUCUGUGUGAAAUGGUUGAACAAGAUCUUCUUCUCUGCGAUGUGUGGAUCUGAGGUUUCAUAAUGAUGUUUAUCAGACCGACACAGUCUGACGUCUGUUUUAUUCACCAAUCUAGUUCGAAGCAGUAGAAAAUCAGAAAACAGGAAGUUAACUGAAAAUCAAGAGAUUGUGUGUGUGUGUGUGUGUGUGUACAGGCAGACGAGGCAGAAGCCACCUACCGGACAUGUAUAGCAGAUGCAACCACGCAGCAACUGGAGCUGGAGCACACCAAAGUCACGGUGCUGAGACAAAUGCAGGACGUCAUCAAACAGAGCGACCAGACCCUGCGCUCGGUCAGAGCAAACACACACACACACACAGAUACACACACCUUGGUCUAGAAAGAUAAUCUCACUAAAUCUUAAAUGGUUGGAUGAUGUUCACUAUGUCUUCAGUUUCUUAGAAAUAGUUUUGGUUUCUUCUUUAUCUCCAACAUUUAAUCUAUUUCCGCCAAAACAUGUCAAGGUAAAAAGAUCACGUCUGAGAUAAAGGAAAAAAAGAAAACUAAAUCUAACAUGGGUUUUUACUGAAUGAUAAAAAGAGACAAUAAAACCUUCCUGACUCUUUUUUUUUUUUCUCCCAUUAGGCGACCAUCUCAUACUACCAGCUCAUGCACAUGCAGACAGUAGCCUUGCCAGUCCACUACCAGACGCUGUGUGAGAGCAGUAAGCUGUACGAUCCGGGCCAGCAGUAUGCUGCUCAUGUGCGAGACCUACAGCUGCCAGAGCAGCCACAGGUCCAAUACCUGUUUGAGAACUACUCUCCCUCCAGCUCAUCACAGUAAGAAUCUCAGCCAUAACCAGAAUAAUUGAGGUUUAAAAUGCCUAUUUACUUUUUAGGUGAAGUUUUAUCCACAGAUUUGUACAAAAGUCGCUCUGGUGUACCAAAUGUAAAACUACAGACCGCAGACAGUGGAGAUUAAUUUCUCACAUUAGCGGGUAACUGCGAGUGAAUCUCUGUUAACAGGUCAUGAAAUCUCUGACUCUGAAGUUCAUUUAAAUGAAAUGAAAUGAAGUUGAUGGCUUCAUUCUCGAUGAAGACGUCUUCAGGAAGCAGCUGUAACCAGCAAGUGCAUAUUACCGCACACAACUAAUUAAAACCACAACCUGUUGUUUGAAAACUUGAUAAACAGAGGCGCUGAUGGCCUAGAGGUCCAAGUGCCCUAGUUACAGAGGCUGUGAUCUUCUUUGCAGUGGUUGCUGGUUUGAUUCCUGACCACAACCCUUCGCUGCAUGUCUCCCAAGUUUCCUAUCUCUCUUAGGAUGUCCUGUCUAAUAACGGCAAAAAAAAACUUAAGAAUAACCUUUUAUACAAACAUGUUAAUCAGCGAGAGUUUUGGAGGUCUAAGGAGGCAAUAUGUCGCCUCAGGCCCGAGCCAAGCUAAGCUAACUGACUGCGUGAUGUAGCUUUACAUUUAUGGUUCAAACAAGAGUGAUUUCGAUGAAGGUCUGCUUGGUUUAUUCAUGCUGUGCACCAUCACUGUUUGUAGCCAUGGCCACAGACCAAGGAAUGACAGUUUCAACACAGAGCCGUCCAGCCAAACUGACAGUCCUGCCGCCAGUGUGAACACAGCAGCUGGUAACCUCAGAGACGCAGAGGCUCAACGCAAGAGUAAGUGAUGCCCACUGCUGCUGUGGAUAUCAGUGGACUUUAAAUACAAUGACUUUCCAGACGUUUUUGGACCGUUCUUGCUGCAUUCAUGUGUGUGAUUUUAUUUUAGUUGUAUAUGAUCUGACCUGUAACGAUUUGAGGGCUCAGAGAAUGUUUCCUGUUUAGCUAUGUGAAGUAUUUGAUUUUGUGUCAAUGAGCAUGUCCCUUUGUAAUCUUCAGGGCAGGGCCACAAGUCAUGGGGUUCAACAGUCAGCGAUGACAGUGUUGGAGGAGAAGGAGGACUCGACUCUCCGACAGCCAGCACAGGUAAGACCAGAUUCACAGUGAGACUAACCACCGAGUCUGGACCAUAUUGAGCGAUCUUCUAUUGUUAUAACUCGGCCAUGAGACGUGAUGGUUUCUAAAGUGUAUAUCUUAUUCUAGGUGACAUCAGCAAAAUUGCACGGACAUCAUCCACUGGAACGAUGUCGUCCAAUGAGGAUGCAGAUGAGAAAGAUGGGAAUGUGACCUCUUUUGAAACUCCAAGUAAGAUCUACAGGUCGUCUCCUUCAAUACAAUCAUUUUGUUUACAAAGCUUCAACAUUUUCAGGUUUUAUCGACAUGAUCAGAGAGGUGAUAACCGGUGUUGGUCGGUUACUUGUGUAUUAGAUUUCUACUGACUGCUCAGGUGUAAACGGUGGUGUGGCUGGUCGGUGUAGUUAAUGUGCAGUUUGCUGGCAUGUGUUUGAUGUGGCUCUGUGGUCCCAGGUAUCAACGGCAUGGAUCCUGAUGUGGUCGUGUCCACCAGACCUUUCCGUAACAUCGGCCUCUCAAAAGCAGCCCAGACCCACAGACUGAGAAAGCUACGAACUCCGGCCAAAUGUCGGGAAUGUGACAGCUACGUUUAUUUCCAGGGAGCUGAGUGUGAGGAGGUCAGUCUCUCAGUUUGUCUCCAUAUAUGCUGCCAGAACACUAAUAGUCCCUUCUUGGGAUGUAGACGUAUAGCUCUUGGAGGUGUGUUACUGGUGACUGAAAAAACACAUUCUCUCCUCUGCCUUUGCAGUGCUUCCUGGCAUGUCACAAACGCUGUUUGGAGACUCUGACCAUCCAGUGUGGCCAUAAGAAGCUACAAGGUCGCCUGCAGCUGUUCGGCAGGGACUUUUCUCAGGUCGCCAGCUGCGCCAGUGACGGAGUUCCCUUCAUCAUCACCAAGUGUAUCUCCGAGAUAGAAAGACGAGCACUCAAGAUGAAGGUGAGAAUGUACGUUUUAUAAAAUCCGCUGAAGUGAGAGAGCUUAAAUGUCUGACAUGUUGUCUACAGGUCCACCGCGGCGUUUCAAAUUGUCACAUUCCUCCUCGCAGGGCAUCUACAGGGUAAACGGGGUGAAGACUCGUGUGGAGAAGUUGUGCCAGGCCUUUGAAAACGGCAAGGAGCUGGUGGAGCUGUCACAGUGUUCGCCACAUGACAUCAGCAAUGUGCUCAAGCUUUACCUCAGACAGGUACACAGACAAGCCAGCAUCGUGCAGAGGUUGAAUACAAGUGCAAGAUAAAAACGAAGAAGUCUACGGAUCAGUCCUUUUUAAUAAGAGAAAGAAAUGUAAUAUAAGUUCUUGUGCUCCCAGCUUCCAGAGCCGAUCAUGCUGUUCCGCCUGUACAACUGUCUGAUGGGUUUGGCCAAGGAGAGUCUGCAGGGUGAAGGAGACACAACGGCAGGAGAGGAGGCAGAAUCGAGCAGUAAUAUUCCAGGAGUGGGCAAAGGACCAGAGCUAGUGGAUCUUGGUCCUGACACCGAUCCAGAGGUCCUGGUCCUGGUGGACAAGCUAAAGGAGCUUCUGAAAGAGCUUCCCAAAGCGAAUAUUUCUACCCUGCGCUACAUUAUCCGCCACCUAAGGAGGUCAGGAGUAAAAAUUUUUUACAAAAGACGUAUGUCUGCUCAAUUCUCAAGAUUCAUCCAUGUGUUCAAUAACAUCUCAUGAAAUUCUUUCUCUAGGAUUGCAGAGCUGGAGGACGAUAACAAGAUGAGCCCUAGUAACUUGGGUAUUGUCUUUGGUCCCUCCUUGAUGCGUCCACGUCCGACUGGGGCCACGAUAUCCCUCUCCUCUCUGGUGGAUUACCCCCACCAAGCUCGCAUUGUGGAGGCCAUGAUUGUCUUCUACGCCAACAUCUUUAAUUCCAAAACCUCGCAGUCCCACAAAAGCAGCCGAUCUGCCUCUUCCUCUACUCAGCAGGUAGGUGUCCUUGUGUGGUGCAGACAGAUAUUCGACUCUGUAAUUCUGUGCUUUAAGAACAAAUACAACCUGAGUUUUUCUGAAACUUUUCCAGUGAAGGAAAACUGAAACCGUACGACAAUACUACUGAGUCUCUUUGGGUUGUUGUGAGCCAUCUGUUCUGUAUCUCAAAGUUAAAAACAAUAAAUGAGAAAGCAAAGACAGAGACUACCUGUUUUUAUGGAAACCAACCAUUGCAGCAUAUUGUUCAGUUGAACUGAACUGAACUGGGUAGUUCUCCCUUUAAGUUCCAGUUUCUGGUUUAUGACCAAAUGUAUGGGAAAAAAAAACAGCUCUUCUGUGUUUGAGGGAUCAGUUAAUAAAACGUCCCAGGCUAAUUCACCAAUCUAAGAUGUUGAACUUGAUUAAUACUGUACAUCAGGAAAUAUACAUGUGCAUGCUACAGUGCUACAACAGCUGCGAGUCAACCCUUAAACAAAAUAUAUUUUUUUUACAAUAUACUGUCUUACUGGCUAUGAGUUUCCUUUUUGAUAAAUACCAACACUUCUGCCUGUUUUUGUAAGAAGUUGAAGAGAACAUGAAAAACUCUCUUUUGGAGGUCCUAAUAAGAAAAAGUCACAAUUGUCCACAUCUCGUACUCUCAGGAACAACAGUCUUGCAGAAAACAACCGUUUUUUUUUUAACCUGUUAUACCUCAAUAAACAGAAGCAAUAAAAUGUUAACACAUCUGUUUCCUCAUUCGAAGUUGUGACCAGCUGCUGUCAUUUAUUUCUCACAGCUCUCCUUCCUUCUUUGAUGAGUUGUCUUUGCUCUAAGAAGCCCAAAACUCCUGGUUAUUGUUUUCCUCAAAACCUUUUUUUUUCUUGUGAGUACAGGAUCAUACUGGAGAUGAAAAGGGUGAGGGAUCUGCUGAUGGGGAGGAGAGUGGCAGCAGAGAGGAGCAGAAUAAAACCGAUUUUGACAAGACAGAGGAGGGAUGUGGUAAGUUUCUCUGUAGUCCCUCCUUGUAGCUGAAAACAUUUUGCAAAGACAGGGUUGCAGAGUGCUGUUGUAAACAAACAAACCUUCCUGAUGAACAUAUAUAAAAAAGAUGUUGUCUAUUAUUGAAAUUUUAAUAACUUUCAUUGUCAUUUAAAGAGGCAAAAUUAAUAAUUUACAAAUCAAAGUAACUGAAUCAUCAUCUCUGAACUACAUUUCAUUUUCCUAACCAUAUAAAACCCCCCUCUUCUCUGCAUUUAGAAAGUUCUUUAGGGUCACUAGGGUCUAGUGAGCAGAUCCAAGAUUCUGACUCAGAGUUGGACGAGAGUGGCCAGAGGACCACACAGUCCAGGAUGCUGUUAAAGCAAGAGAGUGAGAUCAGCAUGGAGGACGAUCAGCUGAGUUACAGGGACAGUUUGGACCUGUCGAGUCAGUCUGCAACCCUCACUGACCUGGAACAAGACAUGGAUAAGGACCAUGACAACCCAGAGCGAUCAGAGCCCCCAGCACUGCCAGACAGCAGCCCCCCAGACGACACAGGAGUAGAGAAGGACCUGUGUGACUCUCUGGCUGAGCUCAACGUUAACCAAUCCAACAACAAUUACCCAUACUCCUCCAUUCUGAGCCUUUCAGGUCUCCCACUGUCAGGUCUGUGUGGAAAGAAAUUACCCCUGACCCGGAACAGGGACAAUGAGCCAGAGUUUGUCUGAAGUUAUUGAAUAUGAAGUCUGAUGUCUCAAGUUUGAGGACGGUUUAUAAUUAAAAUCCAGUGAUGCUGUGUGCUUUGAGCAUAAUUUGUAUAUCAGCUGUGUUGCUCUUUCCUAGCAGUGAAAGAUCUGUUAGCUUACUGCUGUUUGAUGCAAUCAGUCCUUGGAUUUUACAGAAAUGUUUUGACUUAAAUGAUUAUAAAGGUAUAUUUUGUGCCAGUUUAUUUUUUCUACCAUUUUGUUGCUCUUUAAACCUUAAGCUGGAUGAAUGUUUGUGCAAAUUUCCUAUGCAUAUACCCUUUAAGUGCUGCAGGUUGUUUUUCAGCACCAAAACUCUGAAAAUUUUAACAUUCUCUUUUUAAUGUUGCUUGUAUUGCCUUGUUAUGAAUGUUUGGUCCGUUUUAAUAAACAAUUUAUUUUAAAUUC